AUUUUACUCAGUCCAUGUGUCACCUCUUUCGAAGCAUGUUUGUAGUAUAACCUAGAAAAUUAUCGACAUGAAUAACAACGCAAAUACUGUCCAAGUGAAUGAAAAUAAUAAUGACUCUUCUCGUGAUGACGAUUCAGAAAAAAAGCCAGAGGACGAGAAUAAAGAAAUUCUCCCAGGAUUUACCAGCUUCGAUGACUUUGUUCAGGCUGGUUUCACGGUUUUGAAAGCAGGGAUAAAAGCAGCAAACAGUCUGCCAGCAGGUGAAAAUUUCAACUACUACUCAUGCUUCCCCACGUUCCGAAAUAUCCGUCACGAGGAGAUAAAAAAGCUGCUCACCUCGAUGCAGUGUGUAGUAGAAUGCACGGGUGCCUCAGGAAGUAUGAGGCGUGGUGACCACGAGGAUAAGUUUGAGCUGCUAACGGAGGCUAACGACAUCCUCCUAGACCGUGCGACAGCCUGCAUGGACAAGGAGACAGGCAUCUCCAACGAGGCGAGCGUGCAACUCAUAACGACACAGACGAAACAGACGAACUUCGGCUCUUGGAACACCUCAGUGAUCCAAUCGACCUCUAAGACCCCUGAUGAAGGAUCGAGCAGUGCCCAGGGGAUCCGCCUGCUGGCGGCCAAGAACAUCCAGAGGCCCCAACUCUCGUUCAAGGACAGAAUUGACAACAGCUCAAAGCCCUGGCAGCCAAGGAUAAAAGAGAAACCGAACGCCUUGAAGCCCCUGUCAGUCCAUUUGAUAGACACCGAACACGGUCCAGCGUACAGUCACCCUUACGAGUGGGAACUGGAGAACCUGGCCUACAAGGACUGCCAGCUAACCUCAAGAACGCCCGUCAAGUACAAGCCACUGGUGGACACGCCCCUGAUCAUGGUAGAGAAGCCCCAUCACCUGAAAACUCUCCUAGAAGACCUGCGUGCUUACGACGAAAUAUCCGUGGAUCUGGAGCACCACUCGUACAGGACCUUCCAAGGAAUUACCUGCCUCAUGCAAAUAUCCACGAAGGAUACUGACUACCUGAUUGACACCCUCUCUCUUCGUUCUGAUCUCCACAUUCUCAACGAGAUAUUCACGAAACCAUCAGUCCUGAAGGUCUUCCACGGAGCUGACAGUGACAUUCAGUGGCUACAGAGGGACUUAUCAUUGUACGUUGUCAACAUGUUCGACACCCACCAGGCGGCUAAGCACCUGAACCUCCCCUACCUCAGCCUGGCUUACCUCCUGAAGACCCACUGCAGCAUUGAUCCCAACAAACACUUUCAGCUUGCUGAUUGGCGGAUUCGGCCACUGCCAGAGGAGCUGAUGAAGUACGCCAGAGAGGACACCCACUAUCUGCUGUACAUCAAAGAUAUUCUGACGAAUGCACUGAUAGAGGCGGCUCAUGGUCAAACCAACAUACUGAGGGCCGUCUACGACAGGUCGACUGACAUCUGCAAGAGGAUAUACACAAAGCCGGUCUGCUUAGAAGACAGUCACAUGACCAUCUAUCGAAAGAGCCAGAAAAUGUUCAACAAUCGGCAGCUGUACGCUUUGAAGGAGCUGUACUCGUGGAGGGAUGAGACCGCCAGACAAGAGGACGAUAGCUAUGGAUAUGUUCUACCCAAUCACAUGCUGUUGAACAUCUCUGAGACACUGCCCAGAGAGAUGCAGGGGAUCCUCGCCUGCUGCAAUCCCAUUCCUCCCCUGGUGCGUCAGAAUCUUUUGAAGCUUCAUAAGCUCAUACUGAGGGCGAGGGAACAGCCACUGAUAAAACCAGUGCUGCUGGAGCAGGAUAUGAGACAGAGGCUGGCACAGAGGCAUCAAGUGGAGACAGAUGCUUGGAGCCUGUUGCCCCAUGACAUGAGUAAUAACGAGGUGCAAGCUAAUCUUCCUUGUUUGCUGGAUGCCAAGGGGGCGGAGAGGCUUCAGGAGAUAGAGAUCGAUGUUCGUCCCAAAGUCACGAUUUUUCAGAAUGAGGAGGGAAGGGGGACUGUGACAGAGGUAGAGGAGAAGUUGAGGAGGGUGAAGACGCUGUUUGUGAGCCCCUUCGAGAGAUACAAACGCGUGCUGCCGAUGGUUGCUGCUCAAGAAGCGAGGGACGUAGCCAAAGAGAACAAGGCGGCUAGUGACAAAAAGGCAGAAAAUGAAGAGACUCAGCGAAGCAUCGCCAGUGUUCGCCAGCACUUUCUCGACAUGGCAAAAGCCGUCGCGGACGAUGCCGAGGAUAGAAGAGAGCAACAACCUCUCUGUACUAUGCCCGGGACUAAGAAGAGGAAGCGUGAAGCCGAGACUGAUGAUGAGGUUGAAGUUGUUUAUAAAAAGGUGGACGUUUCCACGCCGAAACCCGGGAGGGAUUCCACAUUCGCGGGUGCGUUGAACGGUCGAAGAAUUUAUAAACAGGAUAACCAAGUGGCUUCACGAAGGGAUGAUACAAGGAAGCCAGAUGAACGGGUAUUCAAGGGUGUACGUGCCUUUUCAGGAUCAGCGGACAAGACGAAAGUUCAGAAGCUGAAGAACAGGAAAGAAUUGACGCAGAAGGGAAUGUUGCCAAAUCCAAAUUUCGAUUAUAAAGCGGUAGAUUUCAGCAGCUUCCAAGGUGGAAGCAGAGGUGAUUCAGCCAAAACGACAGUCUUUCAACAGAAACAGUUCAAGGACAAAAGUACAAAGGGAAAGAAGAAAAAGAAGCAAAAGCUCGGUAUAUGAAAAUUAAACUGAAAACAUUAAUUGCAAUACCGCAUAAAAAAGAGAUAAUUCAGUUUAUCCAGGUAAAUUUUUGAACUUUCGUAUUGUUAAUAUUCAAUAAAUACUAUUUUCCAUUGAUU